AUGGGAAAUAGCCCGUCCAAAAAUGACCCCCUACCGAAUAGCCCAGCUACACUGAACGGUGCUCCUACCUUCGAAGCUCAAGACUUGGACCAGGAUGACACCGUGCCCCCGCUAUCACGGCCUACCGGAAACGGUAGUGAACUUUUAGACCAAAGUUUGAAGAGUUUUUCUUUUCAAGAUAAGCAGAUUAAAAACGCCCCUUACCCCAACAACAACUCCAACGUCACUCCUUCAGUUGGGCCAAAGAAUAUCCCUCGUGCUUCCAACGGAUCUUUCACGUCGGGCUCCAGAAAGCCCUUGACUCCUCGUGAUGAUAUAAACAUUGAGGUCGACAUUUCCGUGGCGACAGCGCUCAACGGGAACUCUAGUGCACGCUCCCCUAAGGAAUGGUUGGCGCCCUCGUCAUACCAGUCCUUCAACUCGUCGUCCAGCAUGGAAAGCCUGAACGCCUUGUCUGUGUUCACAAACGGCGGUGAGACCAAAGAUGAGAGCCUGAUCUCUCUGGUAUCUUCCAACCUGCCUGUUAAUGUGAAGGGCGGCUUUUUGCAAUCGCCAGAUAACUUAGAUCCUAUCCAGGAGCUGUCUAGUCUGUCCUCGAGCAUUUCUUCAAGCUCGACUGAUACAGCCAAGGCUAGGAAAGCUGUGAAGACGAACGACUCACAAGCCAUCCCUAAGUUCAGCGAACUUGGCCGCAAAUUGGUUUCGAAGACCUCUAUAUCUUCCGCUCCAUCGUCUCCUCCUUUGAUCCCCACCUCAAGAAGAGUUGACUUCGAUUUGGACAGUAUCAUUGAACGUUUGUUGAAUGUCGGUCAUAGAAGAUCUAGCACAGCUUUCAAGUCUAGAUCCUCUCGUGACAAGCUACCUUUGACAGCUGAUGAGAUCAAACACAUCACUGCCAAGUCGAGAUCUAUCUUUUUGGACCAACCCACCAUGUUGAAGUUAUCCCCUCCAGUCAAAAUCGUUGGCGAUAUCCAUGGUCAGUAUCAUGAUCUUAUCAGAAUUUUCAACUCUUGUGGACAUCCUCCUGAUACGAACUAUUUGUUCUUGGGUGACUACGUGGACAGAGGCUACAAAUCUUUGGAAACCAUCUUGCUUUUGUUGUGCUACAAGAUUAAGUAUCCAGAGAACUUUUUCAUGUUGCGAGGCAAUCACGAGUCGGCCAAUAUCACCAAGAUUUAUGGUUUCUACGAUGAAUGUAAGAGAAGAUUGCCCCUCAUUUCAGGAAGCCUGAAGUUGUGGAAAAAUUUUAUAGAUGUGUUCAACAGUUUACCCAUUGCAGCUUCCAUUAAUGACAAGAUUUUCACAAUUCAUGGAGGUUUGUCACCGGAGUUACGUGAUCUCAAACAAAUUGAACAGAUCCAGAGGCCCACCGAUAUCCCCGACAAAGGUUUGUUGGCAGACUUGUUGUGGUCUGAUCCAGACCCGAAGUUGAAGUCUUUCUCGGAGACACAUUGGCCCAAGAAUGAUCGUGGUGUUUCCUAUUGCUUUGGCAAGAAACACGUCGAUCAUUUCUUGAACAAAUUUAACAUGGACUUGAUCGUCAGAGGCCACAUGGUUGUGGAAGACGGCUACGAGUUUUUCAACAGAAGGAAGUUGGUAACAGUCUUUCUGGCGCCCAAUUAUUGUGGAGAGUUCAACAAUUACGGUGCCGUCAUGAGUGUUGACAAAAAAUUGUGUUGCUCUUUUGAAUUGCUCAAACCUCAAUGA